AUGCUCUAUCGUCUCUUAAUACUUCUCUUUGCUGCUUUGCGUGUAUCAGCUCUAUGGCCUCUGCCACAAAGCAUCUCAACGGGCUCCACAUACCUACAGCUUUCUACUACCUUUGAUAUCACGCUUUCGGGCAUCUAUUCUCCGCCUGCAGACCUUACUGAUGCAAUAUCUCGUACCAAACAGUAUUUGUUCAACGAUAAACUCCAGCGUCUGGUGGUGGGGCGUGGGGCGAACAACGCAGAUGUCAUCACUAGUGCUGCCAGCCUGAAGAAGCUCACACUUGUCUUUCAAGGAAUAGAGGUGUCGAGCAUCUCGGAGGAGGCGGUGGCAGAACUGGAGAGCCGCGUAGAGAGCUAUACUCUCAAAAUCCCUGCCGACGGGUCAGAUGCCAUCGUCACGGCCAAUUCAACACUUGGCCUGUUCAGAGGUCUCACGACAUUCAGCCAGCUGUGGUACGACUGGGAAGACACCAUUUAUACUCCCGAAGCGCCAGUGGAUAUUAUUGAUGCUCCAGCUUACCCAUACCGUGGAUUGAUGCUUGACACUGCAAGAAAUUUCUUCCCUGUCUUGGACCUCAAGCGCACGCUGGAUGCCAUGAGUUGGGUCAAAAUGAGCACGUUUCAUUGGCACGUUACAGAUAGCCAAAGCUUCCCUCUUGAAGUUGCAGAAUUCCCCGAUCUAUCCGCCAAGGGUGCUUACUCUUCUUCGAUGACUUACACUACUUCUGAUAUUGAAGACAUCGUUGCGCAUGCCGCUUCUCGCGGUAUCGACGUUUUGGUCGAGUUUGACACUCCAGGGCACACUGGCAUCAUUGCAGAAGCAUAUCCUGAUCACGUUGCUUGUGCCGGGGCCACUCCAUGGCAGAACUACGCAAACGAACUUCCUGCUGGACAGCUUCGCAUCGCAUCCAGUGACACUGUCAAUUUCACGGCCUCCCUGGUUUCUGCGAUAUCAUCCAUGUUCCCCUCUAAGUAUUUUUCAACUGGCGGUGAUGAAAUCAAUUUCAACUGCUACGAUGAUGAUAACGUGACGCAAGCAGAUCUAGCAGCAAAGGGAGUCACAAUAACCCAAGCUUUGAACUCUUUCACUGAAUCCACCCACGGUGCCCUGCAUGUGGCUGGUAAAACGCCUGUUGUAUGGGAAGAAAUGGUCCUCGAUUAUAAUAUUACAACCCUUGGAAACGACACGAUUGUAAUGGUAUGGGUCUCGUCCGACGACGCCGCAGCGGUUGCGGAGAAGGGAUACAAGUUCGUUCAUGCAGCGUCCGACUACUUUUACCUCGACUGCGGCGCUGGCGAGAUGCUCGGGAACACCGUGGAUGAGACUAGCUGGUGUGACCCAUUCAAGACGUGGCAAAAGGCAUAUUCAUUUGACCCCACUGCCAACCUGACGGAGGAACAAGGUCUGUUGGUAUUAGGUGGUCAACACCUUCUUUGGACAGAGCAAUCAUCGCCAUCGAAUCUGGAUCCAAUCGUCUGGCCUCGAGCUGCAGCAUCUGCAGAGGUGUUCUGGAGCGGCUCGGGACGGAAUGUGAGUGAGGCGCUUCCUAGGCUUCACGACGUUCGAUUCCGCUUCAACCAACGCGGCGUCGGGGCAAUUGCUCUCCAGCCGUUUUGGUGCGCCAUAAGACCUGGCCUUUGCGUUGCUUAG